AACUAAGUUCCUGUUCCCUACAGUACUGUAGGUUUUUGUAGUCUGAGUUUUCUAACUGAACACGUCACCGCACACAGGAAGCUGAGUAUGCAUUAAAACUGUUAUUUUCCUCUGAACAGCAAUUCUGUUUCAUCAAUCAGCCUGUUGCAUCUGCAGAACAUUUUCUUUCAUGGGCCCAUGCCUUGCAAGAGACAAAUAAUGAGUUGCUGCAUCUUAGCACCCUUGUAUGGUUCAGAUCCAUUUGGACCUCCCUGCAGACAUGCAACUUGUGCUAUGACUUUCACUUCAAGUGAACCUGCUUUGGACAGAAGUCUGGCAACACAAACGUCUGUACCUUGUGGAAGUUUGCAGAAGCAUCAACCAGAGUUCUCCACAAAAAUGGUCCCUCAUAAUAUGACAUGGAUAAAGUACCCAAGCCAGAGCCAAGAUUCAUCCACCAGUUUUGAAGAUAUCAUAUUCUCACAACAUGUAAUAUCAAGAUUUAUGCACUGCUAUAUUGCGCUCUUUGUACCAAGUGGCUUACUAGCUGGGAUCAUUAUUUUAGGCAUCUCCAUCAAGAACUAUAUGCAUCACACCUUCGAGAAAUUAGAUACCCUGUUUUUUGCUCAUACCAUCACCAACAUAUUAAUGAUUUUUUUAUCACUCACCAUCACCACAAGGCCUGCCUACCUCAAAGUAUCCUAUUUUGAGUGUGCAACACUGUCAUUUUUUUUCAAUUUGACUUACUUCAGUUCCCAGUAUCUUCUCAUCCUAAUGGUGCUUAACUUUUUUUUAAACAGACACCCGCCCCAGAAUGCUUUAAUUAGAAAAGCACAUGAAAAUCCUAUGGUGUCUGUUGCAUUUGUACUGAUGUUUGCCUUUUGUGGUGCACUGAUAGUGGUGGCGCUGCUGGGCGUAGAGAAUUACCAUGAACAAACUGACUGCCAAUUAGAUCCUUUAUUUGCAUGGCCUGAAUAUGAAAUUAUUAAAUUUACCUUUGGCUUCUGCAUUCCAUCUUUGGCCAAGCUUCUGUGCUUUAUUCUCCUGUUUGUUAAAGCAACUCAUCCAGAAAUCCAUUCCUCAAGACAGAAUAUUCACCCUUAUUUGACUGUUUUGGUUAUUACAACAACAAUGUUUGUGUGCCGUCUAUUUUACAACAGUAUGAUUCUCUUCAGGACCACCUUGAAGAUACAGAGAACAAUAGGGACACCCCAAAAUGAGCUAAUAAUGAAUACUGCAGAAAUUCUGCUGUUCAGCGAAAGUUGUAUUAGUUUAGUGAUCAUUCUUUGCCUUCAUAAACCAUGCAGAAGAGGCAUAUUGAAUAUUAUAACUAAAUUCACAGAAGUUUGCAGAAGGAGACAUGCUAGUAACAGACCUCUUGAAAUACCAGAAACUCAUACCGAAGUUUCGUGUAUGCCUUCUGAAAAUGUAUCACGCUGAUCUUUGCCUUCUGAAAUACUAGCAUUUAAAGAAAAAAGCUACAAAUCUGCUAGAAUGCAGAACCUGAAGGAAUGAAAGAUUGUCAAGCUUAUUUAUUCUUACAAUCUGAAGAACAAAUAUUCUCCAGCGGGGGUUGAUAGCUACAAUCAUAGUAAUUGAAUGUCCACCUGUGUUGCUAUUACACAUCGGUCCCUUGUUUUUGUGAGCUGAUGUAUGGAGAGCAGGGUGAACAAAAGGAGAGACAACUUGGUCAAGAGCUUUUAUGAAGAGAAACUGUACCCUCAUUUUAUUUUCAUGUAUUUAACUCUUCUAUGUUUAUCAAGGUUUACAAUGAAUGGCUGUGGGAAAGACUGCAUGGGAGAGAGAAGGGAGAUCUUCAUAUAGUAGUAUAUCACCUAGAGAAUUAACACAUUAUUCUAUGAGUGACUCUUUUAUAUGAACAAAAUUAAGUUACCACGCACCAUAAUCCCUCAACUCUAAAAAAAUUUUAUUCCCACCCCCACACAUUAGUGAUGGGAUCUACUAGCAGGUGCUGGUUUGAAAGCAUUCCGUCAACCUAACAGGCAGUAUGAUUUGAGUUCAUUCUUUGUCUGCUAGCCACUACUUUAAUCUGGGAUUUUUUUCCUCACAAACAAUAUUGAAAUUAAUAUCAACAUUUUAAUGGAAAUAACUGUAAAGGAAAUAUCAAUAUUUUGAAAGGAAUUAUCAAUAAAUGAAAGGAAAUAUUAAUAAAUGUAUUGUUCAUAAUAUCGAUAUUUUAGAGGCAGCUUUUUUUAAAAAACCCAUAUUCGAAAAUAAUGACAGGAAAUUGCUACAUAAAAAUCUGAUCCACAAUGAUAUAAGUGGUUUUAUUGGUUUUAUUGUAUUUUAUCUUGUAAUUGUACGUCGCCUAGAGUGGCCGUUAAUUCGGCCAGAUAGGCGACUCAAAAAUAAAAAAUUAUUAUUUUAUUAUUA